AGUUCACGGUUCAAGAGGCACAGCUAUAGAGGUGAACGACGAAAAGUCAGUCAGUCAGUAGCAAAUCGGACUCGCACCGUACAACAGAUCAAAUUUUUACGAGGUAAGAGAAAAAAUUUGAAGAUGUCUGGUAUAGCGGAAUCUCGUCUGUCCGAGGAGCGCCGAGCCUGGCGCCGAGAGCCACUCUUUGGCUUUCUUGCGCGCCCAGCCAAAAACUCCGAUGGGACCCUUAACCUCUACAUCUGGGAGUGCGGCAUUCCCGGCCAGGCAAAUACCGCCUGGGAGGGUGGCCUCUACAAGCUGCGCAUGAUCUUCAAGGACGACUAUCCAACAUCGCCGCCCAAGUGCCGCUUCGAUCCGCCUCUGUUUCACCCGAAUGUCUAUCCGUCGGGCACUGUGUGCCUCUCGCUGCUCGAUGAAGACAAGGACUGGCGCCCGGUCAUUACCGUUAAGCAGAUCCUAUUGGGCAUACAGGAACUAUUAAACUCUCCCAACAUACGAGAUCCGGCCCAGGCAGAGGCCUUUACCAUCUACACUAAAAACAUCAACGAGUACACGAAGCGCGUACGUGCCCAGGCCCGUAACAUGGCAGCAUGAAAAAUAUAAGCACCGUAUAUAGAGCACUCUAUAUACACUCGAUAAUUACAUAUAUGUGGAACAAGUUGUGAAAUCAAAUAAACUCCAUUUC